ACCUCUCAACCUCUCAACCUCUCAACCCGCCGGCGGCUUCCAGAUCACUCAAUGCGGUUUAUGUGAUUGACCAGGAACCAGGAUCUGCUUCCUGACGGAGACUUGGAGGCUGAACGUUUAUUGUCGGAGUGUGUGGGAGCAUCAUGUGGAGGAAGGCUUCAGCAGCGGCUCUGCUGGCGUUAGCUGUUGGCUAUUUCUACCACGGCGGCCCGGACCUGCCAGAGCAGAUUCUGCAGUACAUCAACCUGCCAAACUUCCAGCCAUCAUCUCCGAGUCAGACCAGCCUGGAGCAGGUGAUCUCCGCUGCCUGGGAGACGCUGAUAACGCUGCCCACCCGGCAGUGGAGCAAAGUGGCAGUAGGGGUGAAUGCCUGUGUGGAUGUGGUGGUCUCCGGAGUGGGGCUGCUGCAGGCUCUUGCUGUGGAUCCUGGCAGCGGCCUGGAUCAUGAAGUGCUGCACUCCAAAGAGGACUUGAGGGAGGCCUUCAUCCAUUACAUGGAGCGUGGAGCGGCUGCCGAGCGCUUCUUCAGCGACAGCGAGGUCUUUCAGAGGAUCGCACGAGCGGCAGCAGAGUACCCCGGUGCGAAGCUGUAUGUGGGAGGAAAUGCUGCUCUCAUUGGUCAGAAGCUCGCCACCUACCCUGAUCUGAUGGUGUUGUUGUGCGGGCCUGUUGGUCCUAAACUUCAUGAGAUGCUGGAUGAGCAGAUAGUCGUUCCCCCGGAAUCUCUGCAGGAGACGGAUGAGUAUCACCUCAUCCUGGAGUAUAAAGCAGGUGAACAGUGGGGUUCAACUCAUGCACCUCAAGCCAACCGCUUCAUCUUCUCCCACGAUGUGUCCAACGGGGAGAUGAGCUCGCUGGAGACGUUCGUGGCGAGUCUGGACGACUUCCAGCCCGACCUGGUCAUCCUGUCGGGGCUCCACAUGAUGGAGGGUCAGGGCCGAGAGCUGUGGGAGGAGCGGCUCAAAGAGGCGGUGUUAGCCAUAUCUGACAUCAAUAGAGAUAUUCCCAUCCACCUGGAGCUGGCCAGCAUGACCGACAGAGACUACAUGAACAGCAUCAUGCAGGAGCAGGUUAUACCCAUUGUCAGCUCCAUCGGGCUGAACGAGCAGGAGCUGCUCUUCCUCUCUCAGGCUAGCGAGGGGCCUCACUCUGACCUUGAUGCCUGGAAAGACAUCCCAGACGUGGGCCGGGUCAGCGACAUCCUCCUCUGGAUCCUGGAGCAGCACGGCCGCAGCGAGCCGUCGUCCGAAGCCGACCUGACUCGCAUUCACUUCCACACGCUGGCCUACCACAUCCUGGCUACGGUGGACGGGUACUGGGGGAACCAGGCGGCGGCGGUGAUGGCCGGAGCACGAGUGGCCAGCAGCCAGGCCUGUGGCCUCCCAUCUGUUGAUGUUAGCAAAGUGGAGCUCAAAGCCCCGCUGGAGUUUCACAGCUCACACACGGAGCCACGAGAGAAGCUGUCCCUGAACCCCGAAGAGCCCGUCACCGUGUGGCGCCGAGGAAACGUCAUCUUCCACCUGACGGCCGUGCUGGUCUGCAAACAGCCUCUGCGGACAGUAGGGCUCGGGGACGCCAUCUCAGCAGAGGGUCUAGUUUACUCGGAGUUAAAGACCCAGCAGCCCUUCUGAGGUCUGCUUGAAUCUGACACUCCGUUUGUCUGGAAGUCCGUGGUUGUUGGGUUGGAGUUUCUAAACUUGUUCAGGUCUCCGUGUCCUGAACCAGGUCUUCCUUCCCGAAGCUCCACAGAGUUACAGAACGUGAUCGAUGGCGAUAGUUUUAAAUCCUGCCUGACGACUCCUCCAGCCGGCUCCGGUCUCCUCUGUCCUCCCUCCUCGACUCCUCCAGCAGACACAGAAACUGAGGCAGAAACUUGACAGAAGUGGAUCUGAGCGGGCUGCAAGGUGGCCUGACUCUAUGCACCGGGCCGCCGCUCAAAGCCAUCGUCACAAACUCCAAAGAGUUUUGUUGGCUCUCCUAAUUUACUUUGACCUGCAUAUAUUAAAUAUGCUGUGCCUUGAGAAAAUAAAUUUAAAAGUUAUAAGAUUUUAUUCAGAGCCAAACACACUAAGCAUCACAUCAUACCCUUCUGAGAUAAACACACACACACACAUAAACGAUUCUGUUUGACUGGAAACUGAUGAGCGUCUUACUAUAUUGUAUAAUCUAUACUUGAUGUUCUGUGUUUCCUCUACUUUAGGUGCAUUCAUCACUUGAAAGCUCAUUCUCUCACAGCUGUCUGACUCUACGUGUAAUAACUGUAAACUAAAUAUACUUGACAUGUUUGUUAUUUAUCCCAAGAGGAUAAAGUUACUAGUGAAUGUGAGAAAGUUUGUGUUUUCUCAGCUUUUGGCCUAAACACUCCAACUAUAGACGAAUCCGGCAACCGCUUUGUGUGUUCCGCCAUCUAGCACCGCCGCCAUUACUGCGGUGGCAAAUCGUAGUGAGCAAAUCUGAGCAGUUCUGCUCAGAACUGUUCAGAUGUUUCCUGAACUCCUAGACAUUGUUGUCAAAAGUAAUGUUACAUAGAAAGUAAAAGUAAAAGUAGAAAACUGUACACUUCUUAGGACGGCUUGCAUUCAAACGCACACAUAUUGUAGGGAGACACCACCACAGUAAUGGCGACUUAGUUACCUCCGGUACGUCCCCGGAUUAGUGUAUAAAGAUGUUUAAGGUUUUAAACUCUGCAUAACAACAGUUAUUAUAGCCUUAUUAUAAUCUCUGUUGCUUAUAUUUUUGAUUCAAUAAUUCUACAUUUAUACAUGCGAACAUGAUUUUGAAGGGGAUCCUUCUUUAUGCAGUAAAACUCAGUUUACACUCAGACGCCGACUAAUUAACCUAAAUGAUCUGUUGUCAUUAAAGUAAAAUAUAAUGUGCAAAUGAGGUGUGUAGGCCAGAUGUUAUCAGGGUUACUGUACUUGUUUGUUUACUGUCUUGUUGUACAAGAUCUUUCUUUUCUUCCCUCACUUGUAAAAUGUGACUAUGUCUCAUGACUGGCUGGAAAAUCUGAAAAGCUGGCCAGUGUAACAGGAAACGCUUCCCGAUUCUAGCAUAUAGGUAUAUGCUUUUUCUAAUUUGUUUUAUUGUUAUGUUUAUGUUUUUUUCUGAGCCUACUUGGGAACGCCUGCAUCUUGUUAGAUGUACAGUAUGUAACUGUCAGAACAAUGUGUUUGUAUACCUCACAUGGCCACUAAAGGCAUGCAAUAAUGGAGUCUUAAUGCAAAACAUACAACAACAGGAUGUAUGGUAUUUAGUUUAGCGGAAUUAAUUCUUUGCACUAGUACGAAGUGGCAGGUGUGCCUGCAAAGGUGAAUGUAACCUUAACUCCGAACCCACCCCCCUUUAUUUUAUAGCAAGUACAAUCUAUUCAACUCUACUCAUCCGGUACUUCGUGUCUUAUGUUUUUAACAUUUGUAACAGUCGACAAUUUUCAUUUACUUGUAGUUUGUCAUUAAAAUAUGUACGGAGAGCAGCG